AUGACACUCAACCCUCCGGCCGAACCGCGGCCUCCUCCACCACGACGGCCUCCCGAAGUCCAUCGGCCUUCUUUCGAUCGCUCCUCGACCAAAGUCAUUCCUCCGCAUGAUAGAAGAGUCCUGGGUCUACAGAGGCACAUUGUACAGCCUGGAGAUGACCGUCCUGCGAAAAGGCGCAAGGUCGAAGGAGAUGGGUUCACCGGCCAAACAUCCAGCACCGGUGAUGGGUCCCCAACAUCCCAAAGCCCCGAGUUGGCGCCCACUACAAAGGGGUACAAUCUGCGCUUGCUCAAACCAUCGACAUUGGACCUCGGCGGGCCCCGGAGAGACGACCAGACUGAGGAGGCGAAAUGCGUGGACGCCGAACUGCCCGACCUCCCAACACGUCCAUGGCACCACGCGCAGUCGUCCAAGGUCACCGAAGACCCCAAGCCAACUCACCGGCUACGCGUGAAGAUCCCCGUUCCAACGACGCCUGACUCGCUGCAAAUUCCUUCAUCGGCGCCCUACAUUGUCCCUAAGAAGCCCGCCGGCUUCUUCCCGUGGACAGGCAAACAUCCUGAGGAUGUCCUCAACGAUGUCAAUGUCAAGCAAGGGUUCUUCGAUAAGCCGCCAAACCCACUAGACAAGGAGUUGAAUACUGCACGGGUUCCGCUCUACAACGCAUUGAAACAUAAGUCCGGCGUUGAGAAUCUAUCCAUAUUGUUCUCCCUCAUCCUAGAUCAGAAGAAUCAGCAUGGCCUGAUCAGCUCAGCCUCCACUUUCAGACCGCCACCUCGAGUCACGUUGACUGAGGCCAAACGGAAAUCUUGGAUCGCAGACUUGGCCAACGCCGAGGUUCCGCUUCGGAGACUGAGUCGGACCAUUCCACAGGGUAUAAGAGGGCAGGUACUUCUGGACCUGUGUUUGCGAAGUUGUGUGCCUUUGAACCGUGCAAUCUGGUUCGUGAAAUGUGUCUGCGCCAACGAGAUCCGGACGUUGAAAAGAAAAGGAACCACUCCUGCCGUCGCCGUCGGCGCCGAAAGCAAGUGGCUUCGUGAAUGGACCGUAAGUGUCGAACAAUUUAUAGAGGCGCAUCUGGGACGGGCCAAGCAGCAGGACUGGCGGGCAGAGAUGCAAUAUGCCCUUCGUUUGACCACGCGCCUCUACAUGGAGAAUUUGCUGGACCGGGAUCACUAUUUGGACUGGAUAGUGCGUUCGUUCCACACCACGGACCUACCCCAUGUUCCUUUUUGGCUCAUGGUCAUCCACAUUUUGAAAGACGAUCUAAGUCACUAUCGCCGAAGGGGGAAAAGGCUUGCAGAGGUCUUGAUUGAGAAAUUCCGGCUCGCGAGCAGAUACACUGAUCAAAGCACAUCUUCGGUCCGGCAAAAGCUCUACCACAUGAUCAGGUGGCUACUCCUGUCCCGUCCGAUGAAUUUUGUUAUGCCGGAGACGUGGCCAGAAGUCGUCGAAUCUGUCCGGACGUGCCUUGACAACAGUGUUCAGCAGGAGCGCUACAUUCUGGAUCAGCUCAAUCGUGUCAAUGCAAGGGCUAUGGGCCAUAACAAGGAAGCUUUCACCGCGCAGCGCACUGCUCAUCAAGUGAUUGUGGAAAUCUUGGAUGCUGCACAAGCUCCAUAUGACCUUCCCAGGCUUGCAGAAAAUCUCGACGCAGCAUGUGCUGACUCUCCUCUGCUAAUUUCCACUUGCCUUGAGUGGGCAUGUACACGUUUCCGACAGUCCAAGGCACGCCCUUAUCUAUUCGCCCGCUUGGCCAGACGUUGGCAGCGCGCAGGGCACGACGUUGACAACAUCAUCUUGAAUUAUUUCUCGUCCUGCAGGAAUGGGGACACUACCGCCGAGUGCAAUGCCUUGCAACACCUGGCCGCCCAUCUUUCGCGAUCCGGUCUGUUCCCUCUGAGCAAAUACAUGCAAUGGCUCAUGGUCCGAGGGCUUCCAAAAAGGGGGGAGAUGGAAACGUUAUCGCACUCUAUUCGACGUGGUGCAGGACCUCGUACCCUUGGAGUGGAUGCAGCCUCUAGCCAGCUGUUGCUUCAUGUGUCUUUGCACAAUGUUGAGCCACAUGUCAUCAACCUGCGAAGCUCCAUUUUGCGUGGCUGCGGUUUCGAUCCCGAGGUGGAAGACGAUAUCUUCCAGGACAGUAUCCACUUUAUCGAGCAAAAGCUGAGAAAUCUAGGCUACAGACCGCCCUCCUCGCAUUCAAGUGAACGCGAACCUGCUUUCGGAUUUCUGCCAUGGACCAUCAAGUCCCGUCUCGCCAUGUGGUUGCGAAGGAGCGUUGCUGAGACGGCGAGAGUGAGUAUGGGUGCGCCUGGCGCCCCCAUCGGUGUCCCGCUUCUUGAUUCUCGAAUCUUCAAUGUUGAGCAGUUCGCCUUUAUUUGCAACAUCCUCGAGUGUAUGGAGGAUGUGGCCGUGCUGGCCGAUGUCAUAGGGAUUUUAUGCGGCUCACAAGACGACCACCUGGUCGCAUCUCUCGUUGCAACAAUUCAGUUUCAUGCCGAUACCUUCUCCGCCAUCGGUGCACUGGAGGUGCUGCAAAGGCGGAUAUGCCAGAUUUACAUGAGUUGGCGUAACAUCAGGCCAACAAUGCCGCUUCUGACGUCAACUCUGCUAGAUCUAUGCACCACUUACCCAGUGACAGCGCCAUCAACCAGACUCUUGCAGCAGGACUUCGUUAGAGGCGAUCGGGGACGCGCGGUCGCCGCCUGUUCGCCCUACAGUGAUGGUAUCGCCGAAUCCCUGCAACAGGCUGGGGCGACAUUUGUCGAGGACUUUGAGGCUAUCCUACAAUCCGAACCCAACAUGAACGAACAAACCAUGAACGGACUCUUUGCGGUUCUGGCGGAUCGCAUCGAAAAGCAGCAAAAGUUUGACCACGACACUGAAACGGUGGUCUCAUUCUGCCAGCUGCUGAGCCGGUUGCGAUUAUGCCGAAAAGGUCAGGGGGAUUUCCUGCUCCAUAGAUGGAUAACACGACUCGUGCCGUCUGUCGAUGCCAAGUAUGGGUCUUUGUUGCUUCAAAGCCUCAUUGGCACUGGUUGCAUGACCUUCGCUGGCGUAUUCGGGGCAGACGCCGUCUCCAAUGCAAAACUACGCAGAAGUUCCGCCGUCCGGCUCCUUCUGGAGCACAUCAACGCACCUCCACAGAAUUUGUUGGCUGAUCUCAUCUUCUACCGAACCCGGAGCCGAUGGUUCGAGUACGUCCGACGGGAGGCCAGGGCUGCGUUGGAGUUGCUUUGCGACCUGGGCCUAGAGUCGGCGUUACAUUCGAUGCAGGAGAUUUUGCUGGCCUGCCUCGUCAAAGAUGACACUAUCAGAUCGUCGCCUAUGUCUGAUUCCGCUCAACAAUGGCUGCUCAAGGCACUUGACCGUUUACUCUCCCGUCAAGGUGAUUUAAGUGGCAGUGGAGACAUCAAAACGCUUGUCAGCUCCAUCAACUUCUUCUCUCACCAAUUUGUUCAAUUGAGCUUCUGGCUUACUUCACGAUCUCGGCUGGAGAACGGCGUAUCCCCGGACGAAGAUGAACUUGUGAGGGUCCUCUCCGAAGUGAUUGAACAGAUGCUUCAAAAUCCCGCUGGCAACAAGGAAGCCACCAUGUGGUUUGCGAAGCUGCUCGAAGCGGUCGAGGUCGAUGUCGGAAACCGACUUCGUCAUCAGGUUGAGAACGAGUUUUUGGACGCCUUGCCUAAGUUUCAAUUCAACAAGGGGACCAGCCCAGUGACGGCCAUGUUCUCCAGCGACGUCCACCACCUCUCAUCGAUCAUGGAACGAGCCUAUCUCCUCUGCACCGAGUCCACCAGUCCGACCCCGGGUUUCAUGGUUCAACUAAUUGAUAAGCUUUCCCAACAUCUCAAAGCUUUGGGAGGCAAUCCUUCAGCGGUGAGCGUGCCAGCCUCGACGGGACUUUCUGGAUCCCCCAUGAAUAUGACCCAUCCCCAGACGAUGUCUGUGACGUCGAGCCCGGCAGCAACCAAUUCCGAAGGCGGACAUGGCGUGACCCCGGGAUUGAUCCUGGGUUAUCUCAGCCACAUACUUGAGAUGAUCUGUCUGCAACGCCGGGCACUUGCUACUGCGGGGCACACCGGGACCAAUCUCAAACAAGCGCAGACUGAAGAGGUACAGCUUCUAGUGCGCCUAGCGUUGAUUGCGACUCACCCUGCCAUGACUUCGGCGCCGACAAGCUUGCUCAGCAAGGAAGAUCAGCAGAAGGCGAAGGAAGUCCGGGACUUUACAUUGGAUGUCAUUGCAACCAUUGUCGACGAUGUCAGCGAUGAGGCGAGGAUGAUGAGUGCCAAAUUUCUCAAAGACAAGCUACAGGACGGGCGGAUGAAAUAUUUGUUCGGCAGUAUCAACGUGAUGGGAUCCGCGCAAGUACGCGAUUUGGGCCAGGGACUGCAAAUGGUCAAGGAAGGAAAGGGCGUGCUAGGAGAUUGGCGGCCUCGAGUAUGGGAGGUCUUGGACAAUGGCAGCGGGAAAGAAAGCGAGGCGCCUCUUGGCUUGGGACUUUUUGGAGCCCGGCAUACUACAUGA